GUAUAAAUGAAUUUGGAAAUAGUUGGAGUGUUGGACCAGAUUGUAUUCCCAUGGGCGAUGCUAGCAGACGCGACCUCACUAGCACUGAUCCAUGCACAUUAAAUCCUGAUCCACUCGCUCAGCAAAUAUGUAACCAACUCUUCGAUGCUUUUUCUGAGUGUGCUGGAGUGAUUGACCCGGCGCCCCAUCUCGCUAUGUGCGUGAUGGACAUGUGUGACACACUGGUCGUUGGGGAUGACACUGGUGGAUGUUCAAUCGCAGCUACAUAUGCGAGUUUGUGCCAAGAAUCCGGUGUAGCAAUCAGCGAUUGGCGAAGUGACUCACCUUGUGCUAUUGAAUGUCCGCCAAAUCAAGUAUACAACACGUGCGGGUCAGCUUGCCCUCCAACAUGUGAUAUACCCUUCCCUGUGGCCGAAUGUACCGAGCAAUGCAUUGAAGGAUGUUUCUGUGAAGAUGGUUUAAUCUUAGACGUAGGCAACGUCUGUAUUCCACAAUCGGAGUGCGGGUGUUAUGCGAUGGACACACUCUAUAGGUUCAACGAGGUAUUGCCAAAUGGAGAGACGUGCAGCUGCGAGUUUGCAAACACUGUGUGUAGUGAAUGCCACUUUUACGAGGUGAAUACGACUUCUGAAACCUGGUCCAAUGCCAAAGAUAUCUGUGAAGAGAAAGGUGGACGAUUGGCCAUCAUAAAUGAAGCUUCCGUUUUUAACCUUGUUCGCCAGUUUAUAUUCAAUAAUGGAUAUGAUGAUGACGUUAGAUACGGGUUUUGGUUUGGACUCAACGAUCUUGUGAAUGAGAGUGAAUUCGUCUGGUCUGACAACACAACCCUUUUAGAUGGCGACUAUACUAUGUGGGCUCGUGACCAGCCGAGUGGUGGAAUUCGUCCACAUGGGGUUCAGGAUUGUGUGCAAAUGUGGAAACGAAGAGCCUUUAAGUGGGAUGAUGCCAACUGUGAAACCAAGAAAGGCUACAUUUGCGAAUAUACCGAUGGGUGUUUUUAAAACACUAUACAACACUGAAGAGUAUACUACUCUGGCGAGUAUAUUGAGAUGUGUACUAGUAGAAGUAUUUCCAGUGGCUCGACAUUGAACUAUAUAAUCGAAAUAUUUGUCAAAAAUAUUCAAUAAAAUUAUCAGUUAUCAAAAGUU